GAUUGCUUAAGCAUGUCUUACAAUAGCACUGCUAAAACAGAAUAUCUGAAAUCAAGCACUGUGUCUAAUGACAGCUGUAAAGCAGAAAACGUCUCUGUCGCUUCCUCUGUCAUAACCAUGACGGUGGGGAUCGUAUCCAAUACUCUGGCUCUCUUCAUCCUUCUCAAAGCUUACCAGCGACUCCGUAAGAAGUCCAACGCUUAUUUCUUGCUCUUUGCAAGUGGACUGGUGAUGACUGACUUCCUGGGACAUCUUAUAAAUGGCUCUCUGGCUCUCUAUGUGUAUGCCUUGAACAAAGAAUGGGAAAGCUUUGACCCCAAUCAGGUUCUUUGUGGGGUUUUUGGCAUUUGUAUGUCUUUUUUUGGUCUGAGUCCCCUGCUGCUUGGAGGUAUUAUGGCUGUGGAGCGCUGCAUUGGAGUGACUCACCCACUCUUUCACACGACAGUAUUGACCUCCUAUCACAUACACAGGCUGUUGGCACUUAACUGGAUCCUGGCCCUGCUCGUGGCCCUUCUACCAGUGUUAGUGUGGCGUCCAUACCAGGUACAGGGCUCCCGAAGCUGGUGCUUCUAUCGUUUGGUGGGGUUACAUGACUGGCUGGAUAUGCUUCUCCCCAUGAUCUUCUCCAUGUUGGGAUUGCUGGCUCUGCUCAUCUCACUCGUGUGUAACACAGUGACAGGAUUCACUCUUCUGUGGACCAAAAUGCAUUGUGAACUUGACUACCACUGCUCGCGCAGAAAAUCUCUCCAUUUUGAGAUGAUAUGCCAGCUCCUUGCUAUCAUGAUGGUAUCAUGUAUAUGUUGGGGUCCGUUUCUGGUAAGAACUUUUUUUCUAUUAGUGCCAUGGAAAAGCUCAUCAUACUGCAGAUAUUCACACAUAUUGCAGAUCAUAUUUGUUACAAUUUUUAUCACAAGCUUUCAACAGAAAGGUGAAGAUGCAUGCAGCCACCUGUUGCUGACUGUGCAUCUGGCCACUUGGAACCAGAUUCUUGACCCGUGGGUGUACAUACUUCUACGCAAGGCUGUUUUGAAGCGUCUUUGCCUGCUGGCACAGAGAUUAACUGGCCCAUGUCUUAAACAUGAAGCAAAAUUUAGGUGGAGGUUUAGCAGUAUGGGGAGUUCUGUGAAGGCAAGCAGCUCUGUAAGCAGCAGACCAGACUUGGAUGGUCCAUUCCAGCCAGGCAUUUACUUGGAUGGUCCAUUCCAGCCAGGCACUCACAUCACAACCAGCAGGAAUUAUACGUGAGCUGGAGUGGAGGAUACAGGUUUACCACAGAUAUAUUGUAGUUAGAGAGAAAAGGCCUCUAAAAAUGACAUGGCACUCUGCAGAAAAUUUCAAAGCUUUGAAAAUCACAGGUGAACUGAUGGGGUCUGGAUGGAGGAG